AUGGCAUACUCUUUCCCGAAAUUCUCAUUGUUCAUCGGACUUGUUCUGAUGGGCGUCAUCAUUGCGAACUCGCAGUUUGGUAUUGGCAACAAGAUGCAAGAUCAAGCUGUGUUCCGCGAGCACUUAAAGGCGAAAGUUCACAAGGAGAUGUGUAACGGCAAAUACCCUGCACCAGUAGGGACACUUGUAGCGAAGUUCCCGAUGAUAACAUCGACUCAUAUGUUGAUUGCUGCUGUAUCUGCAUUGGCGCUGUGUUUCUUGUUCAACUUGAUACCACAAAAUGGGUUCUUCUCAUGGGUGAUGAUUCACUUGUUUACGUUGGCGUUCUUCUUGGUAGCGAUAACUGCUGGUUAUUUGUUUGCUAAGUCGCAGUCAGACAUGUGCGUAAAGGCCAAGGAAAUGGUAUCCGUCAACUCGACAUGCCCAUUUGCUGGUGUUAUGGAAAACAAAUUUGUUCAACAAGGCAUCAAUUAUAUUCCAGAGACUAUUAGAGCUAAGGCUAUGACUUUCAAAGACAUUUUGGUCGAACAUGUGACUAAGUUGGGCAUUAACGCGCCAAUUUUCGUCAUCGUUAUUGCUUUCUAUUUGAUCAAUAAGAACACAAGAAGUGUCACCCGAUUCGAAGUGUUGGGUCUCAUUUCGUUGAUUGUAUCCCUCAUUUCCGGAUAUGGAUAUUAUCAAGAGACUCAUGACGUCGUGUUCUCAAUUGUCUUCCCAAUUGCUACUAUCGUCUUGGUACUCAUUUGUGUCAACUUGGCAUUGAAAUUAGGGUUCUUCUUCGUCGUACCAGAAUACUUCUUCUCGGCCGCUUCUAUUGCUUUCAGACUCUUCUACGUCCUUGCUGCUUUCAACAUUCCAUUCGCUAUGUUGAUUGCUGUUGGGUUCUUUGUCUUCUUGUUCGUCAACAUCGCAGUGUGGUCUGAUGGAUUCUUCUUGUCUGUUGUCUUCUUGCUCAACUUCGGUUUGUCUAAGCUCUACACUUUCCCGGCCGACUCCCUCGUUGUUUUGUUAUUCACCUUGGCUGUCUUUACAUGCGAUUGCUGCUGCAAAAAGUCCUGCAAAGCCGAGAAGAAACCCAAAACAGAUUAA